AUGGACGAAUCACGCAACACAGGGCUCAGCUUUGGGGCCAUCGGGACGAGGGAAGAGGACUGGCCUGAUAUCGAUGGAGAUCUCGAUACAGAAGAAGGCGUUGAGGCUAUGCGACGCGCCGACGCAGCUCUACACGCGACUAUCGAUCGAUCCAUACAGCAACAAAACGCACAAUCAGCCCAAGGGGGCACCAUCCCAAGGGCCCUCUACAUCAAAGCCCAGAACCAGCAAAAUCAGCUCACAGAUGAAGAGCGACAGCUCUUACUGAGCCGCGACAACGUCGUUGGCAAGGCCCUCGCUCAUCCUGACUCCCUCACAACCGACGAGAUGCAUCAGGCCCUCCUCUGGCCGCCGCCAGACGUUGUACGCGCCAACAUUCAACGAGCUACAGGCGGACAGCUCAACACAGCCAUCGAGCUCUACGCCAAGGAGAAGAAUGCCCUGGACCGCGGCCAAUUCAACACAAUGAUGAACUACGAGGAGGUUGCGCUGCUAGCGCGCCGCUUCCACGCAAGGGACGAUGCGAACUUUUCCGAGGUAGGCAUGUCGCAAGCUCUCGGUCAGCCCGAGGGCCGCACAGGCCGCUGA